UAGGGUCACGCCCCUUGAUGAGAAGGAGCUGCUAAUUUUUGCAGUGAGAGAGAGGUAGGCAGCCAGCAAAACAGCAGGGCCGGCCGGAUUAAAAAAGACAAACAAUAAAGAGAACUAAGUAAAAGCGAAAGAGUCUCGAAGAAUGGAAGUGCAGAAAAGACUAAAGGCCAGUAUCGGUCCUUACCUGCUAGAAGACGCCGUGGAAAUUGGAGAGGCGAUCGAGAAAGGCGCUUACUCUAGCACCGUCCGGGUCAGAUGGCAGGGAACAGAGUACCGAGGCAACAAGCUACACGACGUUCACCUCAGACUAGAAAAGAAGAAAGGCGGAGAAGAGUUACUGGGCAGGUUGAGACGCCAUUGCGAGCUAGUCUUCAGUCUAAAUCAUCCUAAUUUAGUACAACAUAUCGGAGUAGCACUCUCCACGCAAGAUGGCCCUGCACCUAUACUAAUUACUCCAUCUCUCCCAACUAAUCUGGCUAACAUUAUAAGUGCCAAUACUCGCCUACCACCUGCGGUGUCACACUCAAUUUUACGAGAUGUCUCCCAAGGUCUGGCCUAUUUACAUAAUCGGCCCAAAGCCCCCGUACCCCAUGGGUCCUUAUCAGCUAAUAACGUAUUACUAACGCGUGGGCUGGAAGCGAAAUUAUCGAAUCUUGGCGUCGCAGCCAUCUUGGAGUCGGGUUCAGGCGGAGGCUCGAAAGGGGCUGCUAUAAUCGCUCAUACGAAGACUCCCGAACAAACUUGUUAUGCUCCUCCUCCAGAGGAACAACCCCUCACCAUGGCCGGGGAUGUUUUUUCAUUCGGGGUCCUCGUCCUUCACAUACUGUCUGGGAAAUACCCCAUACCCACGGGCGAGGGGAAAAAGGAAAUCGAGAGACGAGGAAUGUACAUCAGUCAAAUCCCGGAAAAAAAUAAUCUCCUUCCACUCGUGAAGGAGUGUCUUCAAAAUGAUCCAGCUCAACGACCACUUGCCCUCACACUUGUCGAGCGUCUCACUCGGUUCUCUUCAGAGCAACCCCUACCUUUUCAGACAUCACUCGAGCUACUGAUAACAAUGGAGAGACGAGAAGGAGAGCUUGUUACUAUGGUGAGCCAGCUUAGAGCUGGGCAGGAGGAGGUGGAAGGCUUUGGAAGAAGAUUGAGUACUUACGACGAGCAAUUGGCAACCAUUAAAGAGCAGAUGAAGAAAAUGGAGGAAGAGCUAGUUGGAGGUUUGGAGGGAAAGACACCUCAAGCAGCAGCUGUUAACAGCUUGUUGCAGCCACCAUUGGAACUAACCACAUCCAACAGAUCGGGGAAAAAUGACAAGGAGUCAAGUAGUGGCUCUCCAAUCCUCAAACCAACCCAAAGUGUCUUUCAUUGGAAGAGAGCGUCCCCAGCUCCAGUUGGCAUGCACAGUGCAAGUGCAAUUGUAUUGGAAGGAAAGCUGUAUAUUGGAGGAGGAAUGACUAAAGAUUUACAAUCAGAUCGUAUACUAUAUGAGUAUGACAUCAGUGGUAUGGUACACAAAUGGACUGCACUGCCAACUUGCCCCAUCGCUUACUUUUCCAUGGGCGUGGUCAACAAGACUCUUGUACUGGUGGGCGGGUUGGAGAUAAUGACGAGAAAAACGUCCAACAAGCUCUUCAUGUGGGACAAGGAGAGACAGGAGUGGUGUAAUACCCUACCCUCCAUGAAUGUAUCGCGUCAAAACCCGUGUGUCGCCUCGCAUAAUCUGUCACUUAUAGUUGCUGGUGGCUAUAGAAACAAGCAAGUCUUGGCUGACGUCGAGGUUUUCGAUCAAGCGACAUUCCAAUGGAUCUCAUUUCCUCCUCUUCUUGUCCCCACGUCCUGUGCUAGCUGUUGCGUCGUGCGAGACAUUCUUUAUAUCCUGGGCGGGUCCCUCUACGGGGAGGGCGGAGCUUCAAAUGUCGUCCAGACUAUACCAUUAACCGGCGACCCUUCAUCAGUCGGCUGGUCGCUUGUACAAAACGCUCCUCUUACGAAAUCCUACGCUGUGCCUUCUAGUAACUUCUUACUAGCGGUGGGUGGGGCUAUGGCUGGUUCUAAUACGCCCACUCGAAGUGUGUAUGUUUAUUUUCCGGAGAUGAGUAGGUGGAGCUUUCUUUGCGAAAUGCCCACUGCUCAUGCUAAGUGUAUAGCAGCUGUUCUCUCGGCUGGUCGAAUGAUCGUCAUCGGAGGAAACGAAGAGCACGCGAUGAAAGUUGAAUGUGGAACGACGGUCGAAUUAUUAUCAGUUUAAGAAGAAGUACAUGUUCUAUAACACAGUAAUAGAUUAUUAUUAUUAUUAUUAUUAUUAUUAAUGGCAUUAUUAUAUUGAAACUGGCUAUUCUUUUUAUAAUUACACAAAAGCUCUUCUGAGCUUUGAUAAUUUCUACCGUUUUGAAUGUACUCUCUUUAAUUUUAAUUGUUAGUAUUACUAUUAUUUUUAUUUUUAGAGCCAUUUUAACCAUUCGCUUAUGAAGAAUUUUGAUUUAUUAUUAUUAUUAUUACUAAUAUUGUUUUUAUGUCAUAUAACUUGCAUACUUAUUUCAUGCAGGUCCUUUUUAAUGAAUGACAGGUGAUAUAGUGCUCACAUUAUUAUUAUUAAAUUGCAAUGAAUAAAAA